AUGGAGACCAACCCAGGCGGUCGUUCUGCCCCAGUCACUAGCUUGCCUCUGUCUCCGCAGGAAGAGACCCAGGCCCUCAAGGAGGAAGGGAACCUGCCGUUGCUCCUGGAGUCCCUGGAUAAGCUCGAGAAAGAAGGGAAGGACAAGGAAGGCCCUGCCUGGCGCCCAAGUGGCAUCCCCGAGGAAGACGUCCGCGGGGUGGUCGUGCCCUACCUUCUAAAGCAGCGCAAAUUCCUCCAAAAGUCCCUGAAGGAAAAGCAGGAGACCAACUCACACCUGGCUGCAGCUGUGGUGGCCGGUCGGCAGCGGAUUGCAGAGCUGGAGGAGCAGAUCCGUCGGCAGAAGGAAGAGUGGCAGGGAGUUGCUAUCGAAGGCCGGAAGAUGAUGGAGACCUUUGAUGAUCUCUCCUGA